AUGGUCCCUAUGACUGCUUCAAAUGUGGAGGUGCAUAACCACGCUGCACGACCUCCCAUCCCAAAAUGGAUGAAAGUUCCUUUGACCAGCCUCAUGGAUGGUCAUUAUGGCCACCAUGCAGCUCCUAUCCCCCCUCCCAGGCCUCAAGGGCCCGGGUCUUCUUUUGGCACCAUAGUGGCACCUACUCCUCAAACCAGUGGGACAUCUGUUCCUUCCUUAAUCCCAGAGGGAUACUCCUGGUUCGCUGAGGCAAAUCGCUCCCCUCCUGCUGGGACCUGGAGGAACGUCCUCAUCCCAGGAACAUUCUUCCAGGGUGACUUCCAUUUUGGUGUUACCAUUAGUGGCCAAAACUGGCUGGUAACAGAGAGUCGGAACUGCCGCCAAAAGCGGUGGAAUGACUGGGUUUACCUGUUCUUGAACUCAGUUGAAGGGUUCAAGUUCAUGGUGGACUUGAAAUGGCUCGACCAUGAAAUGAGGGAUGGGUUUGACAGCACUUCGCUGGAGGCUUGUCAACUCCAUGGUCAGUUUUUUGACAUGAAGUUUGUGAAUGGACAAAAUGUGUCUGCCACUGAACUUGAUGGACGUUUCGGGGUUCGUCCCCGAAACUUUGAAAACACUAUCGAGGCAGGGAAGAAGUACCUUCUUUGCUGCCUUUGGAAACAUUACCACUCAGAAGCAGCUCAAAUGAUGAAGGUGACUAGUUGUCAGGGGACGACUCCCGUGUCCCCAUGA